CUCGUGAUGAGUUACAGAUGAUCACGCGGAAGACUCGCAUACCUCUAUCGGAGGAGGGUCAGGGGGUCCUUAAGGCGGAAGCUUCUACAGUAGCAGUAACGGGGGUGACUGCCAGAGCGGAUCGCAUGGCGACAGUCCUUCUCGAUGGAAUGAAAGGUGUGCCUCCAAACAAGUUUUAUAUACUUGGUAGCGGGGCCGUGGAGGCGAUUAUAAACGAUGGAGCGGUACUCGAUGCUGUGAUCGAUAACGGCAGUGAGGCUGUCAUCAUAGACGAGGACCUAGCAGUACAGGUUGGACUGGGCCUCGAUAGGUCAUACCUAUUCGAGAUAGAGACGGCUGAUGGGAGAAAGCAACAGAUCACUGGGGUUUGUCACAAGGCAGCCAUAGAGGUCCACGGGGUACGAGUAACCCUGCCUGUCUUUGCAGUCAAGAACUGCAGCUCCGACCUGCUCUUGGGUCGAACGUGGCUGAGCCACGUGCAUGCGGUGACGAUAGAGCGACCUGAUGGGAGCCAAACAUUAUCCAUUAAGAAGCCAGACGGGACGCUGGUAAUGAUUGAGACAGUGGAGCCUCGGGACCCGAGGAACAGAGCAGCUCUAGCUGUGGGUGCGAGACCCAGUGAUCAGAUUAAGUCGUUACCUAUCUCCGGCCGCGCGGUGCGAUUUCGCGAGAAGAAAUAUGGACCACUGCUCACAGAGGAAGAAGAUCGGAUCGUGGAGGUGGAAGAUUUAGGGAGUCGGCUAAUAGUGGACGACAACUCGUACCCAAAGGAAAAAGAUGAGGAAUUUAGCGGACCAGUAAACAAGGAUGAGGCAGAGGUUGCACCUGGAGUUAGAAGAUUCGUCGAGCAGCACCUAACGGAUAUUUGCGCGGUACUCGAGCAGCUGGACGAUGCGAAUCUAACAGUCAGUGGAACAAAGAGUCGAUGGGUCGUCUUGACUAUUAAGAUCUUGGGCUUUAUCUGUGACUCGAGGGGACGCCGAGCAUAUCCUACGAAGUUAGACAAACUCCUGAACUGGCGGUCACCAUUACAUAGUCCAACCGAGGUCCGACAGUUUCUGGGAUUGGUCGGUUACUGGCGAAUAUUCAUACGAGGGUAUGCAGAGAAGGCUGAGCCAUUGAGAUUACUCCUUCGAAAAACUGAGAAAUUCUACUGGGAUUCCUCGCAGGAAAUCGCUAUGCAAGAGCUUAAAGAUGAAUUUAAGGAGGGAGGAUGCGUACUGGGCGUGUCGUACUUUGAUGAUGAGGCUGGGAGACCCUUCAUAGUAGCCACGGAUGCUGGGCCUUGUUCGGUAGGAGGGUUGCUGUCGCAGAAGGACGCUGAAGGGAAGGAAAGACCAUUAAGAUUUGAGAGUAGGACACUUAAUACGGCGGAGCGAAACUACAGUCAAUUCAAGAAGGAAGUAUUAGCUGUUYUGYGGUGUCUAGACACGUUCAGACAUUAUAUCUAUGGACGAYGGUUCAUYUUGAGAGUAGAUCCCACMRCGGUURCCUCUGUCCUCCAGAAGGACUUUAGCCUGACAGACCCGACCAUUGCACGAUGGUUAAUACGGAUUCGGCUAUAUGAUUACACAGUAGAGAGGAUAUCUGACACUAAAAAUGUCGUAGCGAAUGGGCUCUCUCGGAUCCCUCUUGAGGGAGAGCGCCCGAUAGUAGCUGGAGCCCUGACAAUGGCGGAGCCGAGAUGCGCCGAGAGAUUUCUGGUUAACCUUUACGAGGGCAAGUACCGAACGAUCGGGCUACACCUGACGGGAGAGGAGAGUCAAGAUUUAGAUACCCGGAAACAAGCAGCCCAGUACUGCCUUAGAGCGGGCCACCUUUUUCGAAGGCCAGUAGGGUCGGGAAUGCCCUUACGAGUAGUCUGUGAUCGUGAGGAGAGACAGACGAUAGUUGCGGAGCUUCACGACGGGGUAGUCGGAGGACACAGGGGAGUCAAAGGAACCUACGAAAAGAUACGCCGGCUGUACUGGUGGGAAGGACAGUAUAAGGACGUCGAGAGGUACUGUAUGACAUGCGAGGAAUGCCAGAAAAGGGCUCUUGUGAAAUACAAAGAGCGACUUCAUCCAUCCUAUCCAACCCGACCAGGAGAGAAGGUACACAUCGAUCUGGUGAAGAUGCCGAAAGGGGUAGGCAAUAUGAACUAUGUUGUGAACAUACGAGACGACUUCACGGGUUCGUGGACGGUAGACCUAUCAGGAGUAAGACGGCAAAGGAAGUGAAGAACUUCGUCCUAGAGUACUUAUCUAGGUAUAGUUGUGUCCGCAAGAUAG